AGCCGAGAAAUAUUCGGCAUUCAAACAAAAAUCAAAACCAUCCCAUCUCACAAUGGAAAGAUUCGAAUUCGAGUUAACCGAGUUGAUUCCGGGUCUUCCGGAAGAACUCGGUCUAGACUGCAUAACUCGUUUGCCUCACACAACUCACCGCCUCGCCUCCGCCGUCUGCCGCCGUUGGCAUCAACUCAUCUCCAGCCCCGAUUUCUAUUACCACCGCCGAAAAUCAGGCACCACCCGCCUUCUCGCCUGCUUCAUCCAAGCUCUUCCCCCUGCCUUCUCCACCACCGGAUGGAAGCUCUGCACCUCACUCGCUUACGGACUCACCGUUUUUGACUCACUGAGUCAAUCCUGGGAACGAAUCCCUCCGAUUCCACAGUACCCAGAUGGCGUUCCUUUGUUCUGCCACAUAGCCAGUACCGAAGGAAAAUUGGUGCUCAUGGGCGGCUGGGAUCCAGAGACUUACGAUCCGAUCGUUGAUGUUUUCGUUUACGAUUUUACCCGAUGUGGCUGGAGGAAGGGGAAAGAUAUGCCUUCUAAGCGCUCUUUUUUUGCAAUUGGGGCUUCCGAUGGACGAAUCUUCAUCUCCGGUGGCCACGACGAGAGCAAAAACGCCUUGAAAUCGGCUUGGGUUUACGAUCUGAGAACCGACGAGUGGACCGAGUUGCCCCAAAUGAGUCAGGGGAGGGACGAGUGCGAAGGGCUGAUGGUCGGCCGCGAGUUCUGGGUGGUUAGCGGCUACGACACCGAGCGGCAGGGGAUGUUCGACGCCAGCGCCGAAGUUUACGACAUCGAUUCCGGCGAGUGGCGGGUUGUGGAUCAGGCAUGGGAGGCAGGGCGGUGCCCGCGGGCAUGCGUCGGAAUGGAUAAAGACGGAAAACUAACGAACUGGUCGGAAUCGGCGCCGGCCGUGAGAGUCGGAGCGUGCGGGACGGUGAUCGGAACCCGGACUGUGGUGACCGGAUCGGAGUACCAAGGGGGCCCGCAGAAUUUCCAUUUGAUGGAGACGGAAGGAGGGCAAAACGGUAAAAUGAGCAAAAUUAAUGUUCCAGAAGAGUACAGUGGGUACGUGCAAUCGGGAUGCUGCGUGGAGGUGUGAUUGACGAAAAAUAUCUGAGGGGAAGGGUAGUAUCGUAAUUUUGCUAUGUUUGGAAUAUUAUAUAAUAUUAUAGUUACCGACGACGAUGUACAUAAAUACAUAGAGAGUGGGAAGAGAUUACGAAAAUUUUUUGUUGUGGUGCGUAAUUAAAAUUUCCCUAAUCUUCCAAUAUAUUAUGUAGUUUUUAAACUUUGGACCAA